AUGGAGACUGAACACAGCCUCCACAUGUCCGAUACCCUCCAGAGAUCAGCGGAGGGAGGAAGGAUCAUACUAACCUUUCACCUACGCACUAUGUCAGCUUGUGCUAAUCAUCAGAAGCGCAGAGAGGGCGCUGUUGUUGACGGGUGUUUGCUUUCCCGCAGCCGCCUCCGUGGCCCACAUGGCCCCGCGCUGACGGCUGACGGGAAGUGGUCCGUCUCAGAUGCCAGCGCUAACAGCUUCUUUGUAUCAUGCCGUCGUCUUGAAGAUGGUAGAAGAUGGUUGUCAAUUGGCUUGGAGUGCAGAGGUAAGUGGGAGCUCCUAAAUCUAUGUCUUGCCCGAUAA